AUGGACGAUACCAAGGAACCAAGACCUCCUGCAAACAGCAGGACUGACAGACAGGAACUCAUAGAGACAGUGGCGAUCUCUCCUUCCGAUUCCCUACAGGUUGCUCUGCAGAACCUUUUGGUGUGUGUCAUCUUAUUCUACACUGUUUACUGCCCGUCACUGACCAUGUGCUGCCACUCAAGGGGGGUGUGGGAACCCGAUGUCCUGGCACCAUUUGACUUCAAAACACGUCCUUCAUGGCUCAACACAAAUUAUAAAGUCCUCUUAGUCUCAACAGAAGUCACCUACUUGGUUUGUGGAUUGCUUUUUGCUCUGAUUGUACAAGAAUGGGUUUGGGAUUAGGCAAUUUCCAUGAAUAUACUUCAUGUACUCAUCACAUCAGCUGUUACGUUGGAAUUCCCCUUGAUGUCACAUUGGUGGGCUGCUUUAGGUACAUGA